AUGCCGACCGAGUUGGAAGAGCUAGUCGAGUUUUUGCACCAUGGAAAUACUCAAAUCCGACAAGUUGCCUGCGACCAUCUGGUCGGCCACUCCUCAGAUCCAGCAAUCUUCAAGAAACCUCAACUAGUCCCUGUCAAAGACUUGAAACUUCUCGUCAAGGACUAUCCUCCCAUAGCCAAGAAUGCUCUCACAAUUUUAAUCAAUAUCAGUCAUGACACCGAAAUUCUCGACAAUCUGGCGGCAGACGAUGAAUUUAUUGAGACCCUGCUCAGGAAGGUAACAGAUCCGAAAGAGCAGACCGCCGAUGAAAUUGCCAUGCUCCUUUCAAACCUAGCUAAAACGGACGAGAUGGAAAAGUUGAUUAAAAUGAAGCGAGCCUUGCCCGCCAACACAGUGUCUACGUCUCCAUAUGCUCUCGACCAGCUGCUAGACUGUUUUGUGAAAGGUGCCGACGGGUCGCUCAAUAAACACGCAAACUUCGACUAUUUGGCAUACUUCUUAGCCGAUCUGUCAAAGCACAAAGUCGGCCGGGAUUAUUUCCUGAGCAAAAGGGAUUACGACGGGGUGGUGCCCAUCAGCAAAUUGACAGUCUUCACGGAGCACAAAAGUCACAUUCGGCGGAGAGGAGUCGCCAGCACAAUUAAGAAUGUUGCCUUUGAAGUUGACAAACACCCUUUACUUCUGGCCGACGACACCGAAACCGUAGAUGGAGUUCCUGGCGUCAACAUAUUGCCAUACAUCCUCCUACCGCUUGCUGGAUCGGAAGAGUUCUCAGAAGAAGAGUCGGCCAGUAUGCUCCCAGAUUUGCAACUCCUUCCACCUGAUAAGGCCAGAGACAGCGACAACGACAUUCUUGUAACUCAUCUCGAAACAUUGUUGCUGCUGACCACUACGAAGGAAGGACGGGACAAGUUAAGAAGGGUGCAGGUUUAUCCGCUGAUUAGAGAGACGCACAUGCAUGUCGAGGACGAGGGUGUGAGAGAGGCAUGUGACCGCUUAGUACAAGUUCUCAUGCGAGACGAGGAGGAGAGGCCAAAAGUCGAAGAGGUGGAUGAAGACGAGGAGAUUGAAGAGAUAUUUUGA